AAUCCUGAAAAUGUGAUUAGCGUCUUAAAAUAUAUAUUAUCUUGAAUGUGAAUGAGUCCGUACUCAUAUGCUUCAGUUUUCACAUACCAAUUAAAAAGAGUAAUUAGUCAUGUGAGAGGUCAAUUACUUGUUUCUGUUGUAUAUAGGUUAAGUUGGUCUAGUAACGAGAAAGAGUGCGUUCUACUUCUUUAAAAUAAAGCCUUAAGGUCGUUUGCUACCAAUUUCUACUAAACAAGUUACGUAAAAGUGAUCUUUAAAAAUGAGCAACGAAAGGGUAAAAAUGAGAAAACAGCUAGGAUUAUUGGAAGGGGUUGCGAUAAUUCUUGGUAUUAUAUUUGGCAGUGGUAUUUUUAUAUCUCCUAAAGAAGUCUUAGAAAAAACUGGAUCGGUAUGGGGUGCGUUAUCGGUGUGGGCUGCGUGCGGAGUACUAGCGACUCUCGGAGCUAUGUCUUAUGCGGAACUAGGUACAACUCUAGCACAGAGUGGGGGUGAUUACCAUUACAUCAAUGAAGCAUUUGGACCUUUGCCAGCUUUUCUGUACCUAUGGGAUGCUAACUUAGUGUUUGUACCAAGUACCAAUGCAAUUAUGUCCUUAACAUUUGCAAACAAUCUUUUGGAACCAAUUUUUCCAAAUUGUCCAAUAGAUCCACUAAGUCGAAAGCUAAUUGCAGCAGUAACAAUUUGUUUCCUAACAUUCAUAAAUGCUUAUGACGUGAGGUUUACAACUCGCAUACAAAAUGUAUUUAUGUUCACCAAGAUCUCAGCACUAGUCAUUAUUAUAGUCGGUGGUAUUGUUUGGAUGGCAGGAGGAGGAGUAGAACAUUUUGACAAUGGAUGGGUUGGAACAAAAACAUCAGUGAGCGACUGGUCCGUUGCAUUCUAUUCAGGAAUCUUUUCUUAUUCUGGAUGGAAUUAUCUGAACUUUAUGACUGAAGAGCUCCGAGAUCCAUUUGUAAAUUUACCUCGAGCUAUUUAUUUGUCACUACCCCUGGUCACAGCUAUAUAUCUCUUGGCUAAUGUAUCAUAUCUUGCUGUACUGGGUCCCACAGGAGUAAGAGCCACUGAAGCUAUUGCAGUUGAUUUUGCCGUGUCUGCUUUAGGCUGGUUAAAAUGGGCAAUGCCGACAUUAGUGGCUAUCGCUAUACUUGGGGGUCUGUCUGUACACAUUAUGACAUCAUCGCGUAUGUGCUUCGCAGGUGCCCGAAAUGGUCACAUGCCAGAAUUGUUGGCACAUAUAAACGUUAAAUGCAUGUCGCCGCUACCAUCACUUGUGUUCCUAAUGCUGAUCUCCCUUUUAAUGCUGAUCCCAAACAACUUGACUUCGCUAAUCACAUAUUGCACGGUGGUGGAAUCAUUUUUCACAACUCUCAGCUGCAGUGCAGUACUGUGGCUACGGUAUAAGAAGCCACACUUAGUUAGGCCUAUUAAGGUGUCUCUAUGGAUGCCUAUAGUGUUCGUGACGGUCUGUGUGGUGCUGUUAGUGGUACCGAUAGUGAGCGAACCCGUCGCCGUCGUGGCUGGUGCUCUAAUGACCCUCGCUGGAGUCCCCGUAUACUUCCUAUUUGUGCGGUCCGAGCCAAAAAUUGUUAGAGAAGUAUCGACUAAGUUCACGCAUUUGUGCCAGAAACUAUUCCUAUCUGCUGUCGAAGACAAAGAAGAAUGAUAAUCUGGUUUGAGUGAGUAGAAUAAAUUAAUCUAACCGUCUUAUUAAUAAACCGUUAAUACUCAUCAACAUAAUAACAAAUUAUUACAUUAGAAUAUAAUAUACAUAUUACAAAUUUCUAACAGCUGAAGCAUUACUGACGUCUGUCAGUUGAUCAUGACUGAUGGUACACUAGUACACUACGAAAAUAAACAGUUGAAAUAGCCUGGUAACAGCGCAGUAAAGAUUAAAAAUAAAUAUUCUUUUUUUCCUUUAAAUAACAUGUUAACCAAAAUUGACCAAAAACCAAAAAAGGUUGACAUUAUUAUGUCGUUUUUAAUGAUAUUGGUAAUAAUCAAUAGUACUAUACUCUUUUCGUCAAUUCACCGCCAUAUGUUGCCCAACAUUUAAAUGACCGGAGGAUAUUUUCAGAAGCGUGAUAUAACGUAAAAACCGUUUAUUUUAAAAUAUAUUAUGUGCUGAUACAUAACAUCAGGUUCAGAUUUCAAUACAAUUAUAAUGUGUCAUACACAUUCAUCAACAGAUAUCAAAAUAAAAAUUAAAAACGUUUAUUAAUAAGGCGGUAAGUAAAAGUAAAAUUUUUGUACUUUUGUAUGCAAAACGUAAUUAUAAGAGAUUGUCUCGAAUCCAUACGCUUUAUAUUAUUAUUGUCGUAAUUAUAGCAUGCAUAAAGAAUAUAAGAAAAAAAUAUUUGAAAGGAUAAGGAAAAAUUUAACAAUUAUUUAUUUAUGUUAGUGAAACGGGUUGACUUUUGUAAUACAAAUUGUGCAUGAAGGAAUGCUUUAAAAAAGCUGAUGAGUCUAUAUAAAUGUAAUUAAGUGGAAAAUUAAUUAUAAGAUCAUGUUUAUAUAUACUUAUAAUAUAAAAUACUCGAUUAUGUAUAAUUAUUAAAUUACACAGGCAACAUUGUAUCACUAGAUAAGUUUUUCUUUACGAAAAAUCAAAUUUGGCAAUUAUUUUAGCAUAUGUUUUUAUAAUCUGUUUUACAAUGAGUUUUUUUUUAAAAUAUACUGUAAUUUAUGAAAGGGCAGUCAGAAAUAAAAUAUAUUCAGGCAACGAAGGCGACAUAAAAAUCGUAUCUUGAAUAGUGAUAGUAUUAAUUUACGGCGUUUAUAUAGACGGAAAAUUAUGAUCUAAUUUACUACAACAUGUCUAGAAAUUAAUUGUUAAUAUUAAAUACGUUAUAAGAUUGAUCAACAUGUUUGUUUCAUAGAUUGUUUAAAGUGUUAUAAAUAAAAAAAAGAGGUAAAUUGUGCCCUCAAACUAGUACUACUCUUGUCUAAAAACAACUUUUAAAUAUUUUGUUUAAAAGAAAUUGCUGUAUAUAAAUAUUUCUAAAUGUUCAUUAAUUGUCUACCUUAGAACAUUAGUCUCUUUAUCGUUGUGGUUUUCGCUUCAAUUUGUGUGUACUUAAUAACAUAACGUUAUUUAUAAAAAUUAAUAAUAUAUUUAAUGAUUUUAGAAUCUAUGUUGUACGUAUUUCAGGUGACUUAUUUUUAUUAUUACAUUUAAAUUGGAUUUUGUUUAGGU